AGAUACAGAGAGACUUGUCAUCAGGAAGGUGCUUCUCUCAGUACAACGGAAAAUAUCUCAAUGACUUGAGUUCUGGUUGUGAAUUCAGGCUACAAGGGGUCAGUGCUCUGAAAUGAGUCUCUCUGGGGAGAGAGAGGAGGGGGGUCCUGUCUCUAAAAUGAGUCUCUCUGGGGAGAAAGAGGAGGGGGUCCCUGCCUCUAAAAUGAGUCUCUCUGGGGAGAAAGAGGAGGGGGUCCCUGCCUCUAAAAUGAGACUCUCUGGGGAGAGAGAGGAGGGGGGCCCUGCCUCUAAAAUGAGACUCUCUGGGGAGAGAGUGGAGGGGGGCCCUGCCUCUAAAAUGAGACUCUCUGGGGAGAGAGUGGAGGGGGGCCCUGCCUCUAAAAUGAGACUCUCUGGGGAGAGAGAGGAGGGGGUCCCUGCCUCUAAAAUGAGACUCUCUGGGGAGAGAGAGGAGGGGGGCCCUGCCUCUAAAAUGAGACUCUCUGGGGAGAGAGAGGAGGGGGUCCCUGCCUCUAAAAUGAGACUCUCUGGGGAGAGAGAGGAGGGGGGCCCUGCCUCUAAAAUGAGACUCUCUGGGGAGAGAGAGGAGGGGGGCCCUGCCUCUAAAAUGAGACUCUCUGGGGGACAUGACUCCAAAGCCAAGAGCCCAAUCAAGCAGGAGAGACCAGCCUCCCCUGUACCCAGCUGUGUGUCCAUGAAGAGUGACCGGUCUAUGGGUCAUCCUAUACUGUUUAGAGAGGGAGACUUUUCUACUGGACAAAGAAACCAACAAGAGAGAUCAGAGUCAGAGAUUCUCAGUGGUCAGUCUUCCCAGAGUCAUCAAACAGACCUGGCCUCUAUAUUCAGUUUGCUUGAAGAGAAUAUUAUAACAUUUGUAAAGAACGAGCUGAAGAGGUACAAGAGGAUUCUUAGUCCAGAACUCCCAGAAGGCUUUGAGAGUCAGAAGCAGGAUAAGGAAGUGGUGGAUGCUGAAGAUGAGAAGCAGGAGAGCAGUGCCAGAGAGGGAGCUCUGAAGAUCACACUGCACGUCCUGAGGAAAAUGAACCAGAAGGAGCUUGCUGACACACUGGAGAAAAAUGAACUUGCUGUGAUUUGCCAACGUGAACUCAAAUCUAAUCUGAAGAAGAAGUUUCAAUGUGUAUUUGAGGGGAUCGCUAAACAAGGAAACCCAACACUUCUCAAUAAGAUCUACACAGAGCUCUACAUCACAGAGGGUGGAACAGGAGAGGUCAAUAAUGAACAUGAGCUGAGACAGAUUGAGACAACAACCAGGAAACAAGCAAGACCAGAGACUGCAAUCAAAUGUAAUGACAUCUUCAAACCCUUAACUGGACAAGACAAACUUAUCAGAACUGUGCUGACAAAGGGAGUCGCUGGCAUUGGAAAAACAGUCUCUGUGCAGAAGUUCAUCCUGGACUGGGCUGAAGGAAAAGCAAAUCAGGAUGUCCAAUUUGUAUUUUCAUUCCCUUUUCGGGAGCUGAAUUUGAUGAAAGAGGACAAACACACUUUGAUUGAACUUCUCAAUCACUUCUCAAUGGAAACCAAAGAAUCAAGAAUUUCCAACUACGACAAGUACAAAGUUCUGUUCAUCUUUGAUGGUCUGGAUGAGUGCCGACUGCCCCUAGACUUCCAGAACAACAAGAUCUGUUGUGACGUCACAAAGUCAACCUCAGUGGAUGUUCUGCUGACAAAUCUCAUCAAGGGAAACCUGCUUCCCUCUGCUCUCCUCUGGAUAACUACCCGACCUGCAGCAGCCAAUAAGAUCCCUUCAGGGUGUGUUGACCAGGUGACAGAGGUACGAGGGUUCAAUGACCCACAGAAGGAGGAGUACUUCAGGAAGAGAUUCAGUGAUGAUGAGGACCUGGCCAGCAGAAUCAUCUCACACAUAAAGACAUCAAGGAGCCUCCACAUCAUGUGCCACAUUCCAGUCUUCUGUUGGAUUUCUGCAACAGUCCUUGAAGACAUGCUGAAACAUAAGAGAGAAGAGAUGCCCAAGACUCUGACUGAGAUGUACACACACCUUGUGGUGUUUCAUACCAUAAAGAAGAAUGAAAAGUAUCUUGGGAAAGAAGAGAGGGGUCCACACUGGAAUAAAGAGAGCAUUCUGUCACUGGGAAAACUGGCUUUUCAACAGCUUGUGAAGGGCAAUCUGAUUUUCUAUGAAGAAGACCUGAAAGAGGCUGGCAUUGAUGUCAAUGAAGCUUCAGUGUACUCAGGAUUGUGCACACAGCUCUUUAAAGAGGAAUGUGGGCUGUACCAGGACAAUGUGUACUGCUUUGUGCAUCUGAGCAUUCAGGAGUUUCUGGCUGCUGUAUAUGUGUUCCUCUCAUUCAGCAACAACAAUGGGAAUCUAAUGUGCAAACCUCAAUCCAGGUCCAGGAACAUUUUUGCGCUGUUCAGAAACAAGCCUGAAGUUACUGUCUACAAGAGUGCUGUGGAUGAAGCCUUACAAAGUGAGACGGGAAACCUGGACCUUUUCCUCCGCUUCCUUCUGGGCCUCUCACUGGAGUCCAAUCAGAAGCACUUAGGAGGUCUACUGACCGAGACAGGAAGCAGCUCACAGAGCCAUGAAGAAACAGUCAAGUACAUCAAGGAGAAGAUCAGGGAGAAUCCCUCUCCAGAGAGGAGCAUCAAUCUGUUCCACUGUCUGAAUGAACUGAAUGACCAUUCUCUAGUGGAGGAGAUCCAAAGAUACCUGAGAUCAGGAAGUCUCUCAGAAGCCAAACUUUUACCUUCACAGUGGUCAGCUCUGGUGUUUGUGUUGCUGACUUCAGAAAAGGAGCUGGAUGUGUUUGACCUGAAGAAAUACUCCAGAUCAGAGGAAGGUCUUCUGAGGCUGCUGCCAGUGGUCAAAGUCUCCAGAGCUGCUCUGCUGUCAGGCUGUGGAGUCACAGAGGAAGGCUGUGUUUCUCUGGUCUCAGCUCUGAAGUCAAACCCCUCACACCUGAGAGAGCUGGACCUGAGUAACAAUGACCUGAAGGAUUCAGGAGUGAAGCUGCUCUCUGAUGGACUGGGGAAUCCCCACUGUAAACUGGAGACUCUGAGGCUGUCAGGCUGUCUAGUCACAGAGGAAGGCUGUGCUUCUCUGGUCUCAGCUCUGAGGUCAAACCCCUCACACCUGAGAGAGCUGGACCUGAGCUACAAUCACCCAGGAGACUCAGGAGUCAGACUGCUCUCUGCUGGACUGGAGGAUCCACACUGCAGACUGGAGAAACUCAAUGUGGAACAUGGUGGAGAGUACACAAUGAAACCUGGGCUUAGAAAAUAUGCCUGUGAUCUCACUCUGGACCCAAACACAGCAAACAGACUCCUCUCUCUGACUGAGGAGAACAGAAAGGUGACACGUAGCAGGGAGACACAACCGUAUCCUGAUCACCAGGAGAGAUUUGAGGUCUGGCAGCAAGUGCUGUGUAGAGAUGGUCUGACUGGGCGCUGUUACUGGGAGGUAGAGGGGAGUGGGGGAUUGGCUGACAUUGGAGUGACAUAUAAAGGAAUCAGCAGGAGAGGAAGGGGUAAUGACUGUGUUAUUGGAUCCAAUGACAAGUCCUGGAGUCUGUUCUUUUCUGACAAAAGUUACAAUGCCAGGCACAAUAAUGUUCACAUUACCUUAGACGUCCCCCCCUCCAGCUCCCACAGAGUAGGAGUGUAUCUGGACUGGCCAGCCGGCACUCUGUCCUUCUACAGAGUCUCCACUGACUCACUGACCCACCUGUACACAUUCUACACCACAUUCACUGAGCCCCUCUAUCCAGGGUUUAAGGUUAAUGAUGUUGACUCCUCAGUGUCCCUGUGUCAGGUGUUCAUGGGGCCAAAAAAAACAUGAUGUUUCACUCUAAUCAUGUGUUUUAUGUUUGAUCACAAUAUGACAUUUAAAUACAUGGAGGAACACACCAGUUUGGAUCAAUUUAUUCCUGGAAAUAAUAACCAUGGUAACUCUGUGUCAAUGGACACACACACUCGCACACUGGACACACAAUAACACAGACUGGACAAACUGGACACCCAAUAACACACACUGGAUAUAUAUAGAUAUAACAGAAGCUAAUAGAACCAGGACACUUUGUCACAAGAUAUAACAGAAGCUAAUAGAACCAGGACACUUUGUCACAAGAUAUAACAGAAGCUAAUAGAUCCAGGACACUUUGUCACAAGAUAUAACAGAAGCUAAUAGAUCCAGGACACUUUGUCACAAGAUAUAACAGAAGCUAAUAGAACCAGGACACUUUGUCACAAGAUAUAACAGAAGCUAAUAGAACCAGGACACUUUGUCACAAGAUAUAACAGAAGCUAAUAGAACCAGGACACUCUGUCACAAGAUAUAACAGAAGCUAAUAGAACCAGGACACUUUGUCACAAGAUAUAACAGAAGCUAAUAGAACCAGGACACUCUGUCACAAGAUAUAACAGAAGCCAAUAGAACCAGGACACUUUGUCACAAGAUAUAACAGAAGCUAAUAGAACCAGGACACUCUGUCACAAUAUAUAACAGAAGCUAAUAGAACCAGGACACUCUGUCACAAGAUAUAACAGAAGCUAAUAGAACCAGGACACUUUGUCACAAGAUAUAACAGAAGCUAAUAGAACCAGGACACUCUGUCACAAGAUAUAACAGAAGCCAAUAGAACCAGGACACUUUGUCACAAGAUAUAACAGAAGCUAAUAGAACCAGGACACUUUGUCACAAGAUAUAACAGAAGCUAAUAGAACCAGGACACUUUGUCACAAGAUAUAACAGAAGCUAAUAGAUCCAGGACACUUUGUCACAAGAUAUAACAGAAGCUAAUAGAACCAGGACACUCUGUCACAAGAUAUAACAGAAGCUAAUAGAACCAGGACACUCUGUCACAAGAUAUAACAGAAGCCAAUAGAACCAGGACACUUUGUCACAAGAUAUAACAGAAGCCAAUAGAACCAGGACACUUUGUCACAAGAUAUAACAGAAGCCAAUAGAACCAGGACACUUUGUCACAAGAUAUAACAGAAGCUAAUAGAACCAGGACACUUUGUCACAAGAUAUAACAGAAGCUAAUAGAUCCAGGACACUUUGUCACAAGAUAUAACAGAAGCUAAUAGAACCAGGACACUUUGUCACAAGAUAUAACAGAAGCUAAUAGAACCAGGACACUCUGUCACAAGAUAUAACAGAAGCUAAUAGAACCAGGACACUUUGUCACAAGAUAUAACAGAAGCUAAUAGAUCCAGGACACUUUGUCACAAGAUAUAACAGAAGCUAAUAGAUCCAGGACACUCUGUCACAAGAUAUAACAGAAGCUAAUAGAACCAGGACACUUUGUCACAAGAUAUAACAGAAGCUAAUAGAACCAGGACACUCUGUCACAAGAUAUAACAGAAGCUAAUAGAACCAGGACACUUUGUCACAAGAUAUAACAGAAGCUAAUAGAACCAGGACACUAUGUCACAAGAUAUAACAGAAGCUAAUAGAACCAGGACACUUUGUCACAAGAUAUAACAGAAGCUAAUAGAACCAGGACACUAUGUCACAAGAUAUAACAGAUACUACGAAGCCUGAUUUCAGUCUGAACUCAUCUUUAACCAAAUGUGUAGCAGAAGUUUGUAAUUGUACGGCAGAAUAGCUGUGCACAUAAUCCUUAAACCUCUUCAUGGACUACAGUUGAACAUUGUCUUGUUUUAGGGUGUGAACUGGUAUGGUCUGAUUUGAAUUACAGCAGUUAUUUUAACAAUGCUGGUUAUAAAUAUUGUUGACCUUCAUCCAAGGAGACCUUGACUUGCAUUACACUCGCUGCAGAAAAACAUUUUCAUGAAAUGAUGUGACUUCUAGUUAGAGAAAAUGAUUCCUAUAAACGUACCCUGAUACAAGCAAGAAACAAGUUCUGGAUGAAACAGAAUGUGACAUAUCUGUUUGAUAGUUCACACAUUCAUCAGUCAGGGUCACUAUCUUGUCAUGUUUUUGACUAACCACAGUGGAACAUUCUAGUCUUUAAGGACAUUAACUGGCAGAACAGGUUUCAGCAAAGUAUGGAGUCAUUGUUUUCAGGAAGGUGUGCCCAUGGUCUUUGUACUGCAGUACAAAGGCAAAGAGCAGUUUACGUAAACAGCCAAUCUGAUAAAAACUGCAUUAAAGUUAGUUUUUUUUGGUCCAUGCAUAUCAACCAUGACCACUGAUCUGACCUAUGACCCCUAAAAUGCUGAUACUGCACUCUGCCUUUGUAUGAAUGUAAACAGCUGUAUGGGGUAAUACAAGAGCAAAGAAAUGUAAACAGCUGUAUGGGGUAAUACAAGAGCAAAGAAAUGUAAACAGCUGUA